AAUUGCAGCUCGACUUCUGCGCAUUCGUGCCUGAACGGAGUAGCAACGUUUUUAGAUUGUGUAGUACAGCGCCGGGACAAGCACUCGUUUUUCUUGCGUCCUUUCUCCCUGCUUCGCGCUGUACCACACAAUCUCAAAUGGAAAACCAACUGGCCCAAACCAUCACCCUUCUAAGGAGUUGCAACAUGGCGGCCCCCCUGCGGUUACCGAUUUCAGUGCACGGGUGCUAUGGGGAGCUUUUCCUUUAGAGUUGGGCAUGCUUCCAUUCUCCCGGCUUCUCGUGCUUUUUCCGCCAUGUAGCCUUACCAAAGAGCGCAACUUCGGACUCAUUUCUGUUGAUAAGGGAAGAAAAGUUCAUGCUGGGGUUACUCGCACGGUCCAAUGCUUUCCUUGUAUAACGGAAUCGUAUUUGCUUUGCAGGCGAAGUCGACAGUAUGGCGGAACUCAAAACCACGGCUCAUCACGCACCGCCACUGGAAGGAAAUACGAGGUCGAAGAUGGACGACGAAAUUUCGGUUCGCCGGCGGUCGUCUCCUCGCGCAUGUCGGCGUGUCCCGUGGAAGUGCGGGACAACAAGGGCCUCGUCGAGAGCCCCAACUUCCCGGACACGUACCCGCCCAACACGGACUGCUUCUCGGUGCUUCGGGUCAAGCCCGGUGACGUGGUGGCCCUGAAGUUCGAGACGCUGUUCAUGGAGAGGAACCCGCGCUGCUCGUCGGACUACGUCGAAAUCUUCGACGGCCCUACCUUCGACAGCCCGUCGCUCGGUCGCUUCUGCCGAGAGAACCAGAAAAGUUCACUAGAGCUGCGCUCUACGGGCAACGCCAUGGCGGUGCAUUUCCACUCGGACGACAUAGUUAACCUGCAGGGUUUUCGGGCCAGGUACCACGGCUACAACGAGCUCGAGGAACAGCACGCCGAGCCCAGCAACUGCCGGGUGUGGACAGAGGACUCCCGUGGCUUCAUCAGCAGCCCAAACUACCCGGACGCGUACCCGCCAAACUCAUCGUGCCGUGUGCCGCUGGAUGCCGGACCACAGAACAUAAUCACACUGUACUUCGUCGACAUACAACUGGACCCGUACAAGGACUGCCCUUACGACAAGAUAGAGGUCCGAGACGGUUCAAAUGAAGACGCCUACCUGCUGGGCCGCUUUUGUGGAGCCCAGGGCGAACCGGAGGCGGUAUCUUCAACUGGCCGAGAGAUGUUCCUAUUCUUCAACAGUGAUUCGUACCUGAGUGGUCGCGGAUUUAAGGCCGAGUUCCGCGUCCACAAGAAGCCUCUUGGUCCCAAGGAUCAGACGGGCAAGAGCCGAGGCUUCGACGAGGAGGACCUUCUGGACGUGCGCCAAUCGCCGCGGGACGCCUCACUGCGCUACCGAGAGUCGCACAUCUUCCGCUGCGUUCCGGCGCACCCGCAAUACACCUCGACUACCUGGUUCAAAGAGGAAGAGCAACUGCGCAUCUUCAGCCAGGACCCAAACCUCGAGGGCCUGCUCCUUGUGGGCAACAACACGCUAUGGGUCCGCGAGAUGGACGUAUCUUUGCGCGGAAACUACACCUGCCGCGUGUCCAGCGGCUCGGCAGUGCGUGACCUCCACUUCAAGAUCAGCUACGCUGGACCGGCCAUCGUCAAGCCACCCUGCGAAAUUGUGCAACGCAAGGUGCCCCAGGACACGAGCUUCACCCGCGGCGAGACGGUGAUCCUGCCGUGCGAGACGAGCGGGGCGCACGUGGCCACCCACUGGACGCGCAACGGGGCCCAGCUCCGGACCGGGGUGGAUCGCGUGACCAUCCUGCCCAUCGGCUUCCUGACCAUCAACGACUCGCGGCCAGAGGACAGCGGCGUGUACGCGUGCGUGGCCACCGACGUGGCCAAGAACUGCUCGCGCUCCUUCUCCGCCGCCGUGGCCGUCAUGCCCAAGUCGCGCCUGCAAGAAGUUUGCGGCCGCGUGGACUUGGACAAGGCGAACGCGCCCGCCGAGAGGAUCUCCGGCGGCCACGAUGCGCCCAAGGGAGCCCAUCCCUGGCAGGCUCUUCUGCGGUACCGCAGCGGCGACGCCUUCUGCAGCGGCAGCCUGGUGAGCGAGCGGUACGUGCUCACGGCGGCCCACUGCGUCGAGAACCUGCGCACGCGAACAGCCCAGAUCGAGGUGGCACUCGGCAAGCUAUACGUGGACCAGGAGGAAAAAGAGGAGCUGGUCACCGACGUUCGAGACAUCCGCAUACACCCCAACUACCGCUUGGUCACCGUCGACAGCGACAUCGCCCUGGUCGAGCUGGCUGAGCACGUCCCCUUCAGCACGCUUGUCUCACCCGUGUGCCUAGGCGACGCGGACCAGGUCGAGAAGGAUUUCUUUCUGCGCUCCAAGCAGAAGGCACUGGUGUCCGGCUGGGGCCGCACCAUGAACAACAAGCGCGCAUCCAGCCGCCUGCAGGAAGUGGAGGUGCCCAUCCACGCGCCCGAGACUUGCCGACGGUCCACAAAUUUUACGGUGACCGAGAAUAUGCUGUGCGCGGGCGCAACUACGGGCGGCGUUGCCCGCGACGCCUGCGACGGAGACAGCGGUGGACCCCUGGUGGCAGAGCGCGGAGGCCGCUGGUACCUCAUCGGCAUCGUCAGCUGGGGCGACAGCGUGCUCUGUGGUUCCAAGGGCAGCUACGGAUUCUACACCAAAGUGAACCGCUUUCACCAAUGGGUCAAGAGCAUCAUCAGCUGAGGUGUUCACCGGCAGGUCACUCCGCAGAGUGAUGCGUCCAGAUUCCUCGACUGUACGCAGAGUCGAGCCCUGUAAGCGUGCGGGGCGAACUGAACUUCUCAGGACAGAGGGGGGACGGCCUUCGCACUCGAGAAGAAAGUACAGGCGAACAUGUGCACAUAUAGUGUUCCACACCGUAUGACCAUACUGAACGCUGGGCGUGACUUCCGGUGAUAUUGCGACGGAGGCAGGAGGUGAUUACUCGGGCGUUUAACGGCUAACACUAAGAGUAAAAGGAGAAAUCGAAUGAAGAUCGGAAUGUGAACGCGGCGCGGGGAGGGGUUCUCCACAAAAUAAUGCGUGCAAAAACACAAAACAAUACACACACCAGUGCCACUUAGACACGCCCAAAGUCUACCUGCGCACAAAGGUCAACAUGCGUGGUCAUACAGAAUGCCAUAUGGCGCGGCAACACCACGAACUGUGAUUGACAAGCGUGCUACUUUCUCGGGCGGUUCGAUGGCUUGAAGCACGCUGUCAUUUGGGAUGAACGCGGGUGUCGUUGGACUGGUAUCCAACGUUAGAAAAGCUAGUCCUACUAAAGGGAAACCUGGCGCUCUAGUGAAGCGAAAAGAACCUCCAGGGAUCAUCCAAUUAAGUCGUAAUUUCGACAAAAAAAAAAAGGGCGAGUAGGCACUAACACCACCCUCGCAGUAAUGACCCCUGCGAAUAAUCUCUGGCAAACUUCAGAGGCCUUUAGAAAUCUAGCUGUAAUCCUUAGCCCCUUGGCGACCGUUUCAUACCUCCAAAGUAAUCACCUGCAGAAGUCCUGGACAUAAUGAUAUCCUUGUACUGUUGAAGUGUAUCAUUUAAAAUUAAAAUUUGGCUUUUCGAAGCCUCUGAGGAACGUUAUUCCAGCUGUAGAUUCAGUGAUUCAAUAGUGUCUUGUGAUUCAACAGUGUUUUCAAUAAUGUAAAUAUUGUUCUAGCGAGGCCUGGACAUAAUGCUGUUGAAUGCGUUUAGUAGCGAAUUUGGACCAAUUUGUUCCACGUCAACGCCUAUGAACCGUUAUGUUUUGCUUAGAUUGAUUGCCAGGCAUUUAGGGUGGCUUAGAGGUGCAAUGGAAGAACAGCUGCUUGAAGCAAAAUGUUUUUCGUAAUUCGGCUACACCAGAUUCCGUGAAGUCCUUACACGGAGCUGAACAUUUCGUUCAUCAGCUACGUUACGGUAGAAGUGAAAUCUUUCUCAAGCAGCCCUGAAAGUGUUCCAUAUUCUAGUCUCGGGCAGGCAGCAAUACUCCAACUGCCUUUCAAAAUUUUUGUUCAUAGGCAAACAGGACCAAUUUUUUUAUACUGCGUCGUCAGGUCUUGCCUUGAAAACUGUUACUAGCUCAAUUUUGCUUUCACUAAUUGCUACUGGGGCGCAUCGAGGGCUGAGAAUGCAUGCACGGAGUCCACCUGUGAACUGUUUUCGAUGGGUCUCCAGCAUUGCGAGUUUUGCUGUACAGCUUGCAAUAAACUAUUGGCAGCCCUCAGAAACAGUCAUUGCCUGAGCCAUAUUCCACUUUGCUUUUCAUGUGUGUGUGUGUAGAUGUCAAUCCUUUCAGUAAUCUCUUCUGCAGUUUGUGCAGUGUGCACCCUAAGCUAUACUGUUGUGUGUAACAGUGUGUUCAUUACUUCAUGUCUCAAGAAAUUCAAUAAAGCGGUAUCAAAAGCCUGA